AAUCUUAUCUGACAUAUUUUUAACAAGCGCUCCAAUCUGCCUGCCUGGAGACAGAAUAAAACACGAAUAUAGUCUUUAUUAAGGCCAUCAAAAGCCAACACGGGACUCCCAGUUGCCUCGUGUAUGUGCCUCGCGUUCUCGCAUUUCCAUUACGCACAGGAGUGCGCUCACAUGCCCUCCUGGCAGAAUGGAGCAGCGCGCAGGAAGAGCCUUGGUGACUCAUGAGGACCACACGGAGGACGACGGUGAAACACGAGCUCCUGGCAUCUUUAUCACCUCAGAGAUGAACUUCUUAAAUUUCCCUGCAUGCGUAAAAUCUAUGUUAUGAUCAUGCCAUGGUUCGCGUCUUCAUCCUGUUUACUCCAUAGGUGAAGGAGGAGUAUGGGUUUCAUCCCUGAAAAAAAAAGUUCAAGACCCCCUCCAAGAAAAUUCUUUUGAUUUUUUUGGUGUGUGUGUUUCUUUUUUUUUUAGCUGAACAUUGUAGUAUUCCCAUCAUGCCUACUGCACCCUGAUGGGAGAUGGAUUUAGAGGUGAAGGAUGUGAACGGGUCGAACUGUUUGUCCCGGAAUGAGAGCGACCGCGGGCUGAGCGCUUCCUCCGCUGGAGUGUCCACUGCGCUGGCCAGCGUGCUGAUCUUCACCAUUGUGGUCGACAUCUUGGGCAAUGUCCUCGUUAUCCUGUCCGUGUACAGGAACAAAAAGCUCAGGAAUGCAGGCAACAUCUUCGUGGUGAGUUUGUCUGUAGCAGACCUGGUGGUGGCUUUGUACCCCUACCCUCUGGUCCUGACAGCCAUCUUCCACAAUGACUGGACCAUGGGUGACCUGCACUGCCAAGCAAGCGGCUUCAUCAUGGGCCUAAGCGUCAUCGGCUCCAUCUUCAAUAUCACAGCCAUUGCCAUCAACCGCUACUGCUACAUCUGCCACAGCCUCCACUACGACCGCCUGUACAGCCUGAGGAACACCUGCUGCUACCUGGGCCUCACCUGGCUGCUCACCGCCAUCGCCACAGUGCCCAACUUCUUUGUUGGCUCGCUGCAGUACGAUCCCCGCAUCUACUCCUGCACCUUCGCCCAGACGGUCAGCUCAUACUACACUAUCUCAGUGGUGGUUAUUCACUUUCUUAUCCCGCUGCUGGUGGUGUCCUACUGUUACAUGAGGAUAUGGGUGCUGGUGAUUCAAGUGAAACAUCGGGUUAAACCGGAGCAAAGGACCAAACUGAAACCUAGUGAUGUGAGGAACUUCCUGACUAUGUUUAUGGUGUUUGUGUUGUUUGCAGUAUGCUGGGCUCCAUUGAACCUUAUAGGGCUGGCUGUAGCUAUAAACCCUGUGAAAGUUGCGCCCAACAUACCUGAGUGGCUAUUUGUCACAAGCUACUUUAUGGCGUACUUCAACAGCUGCCUCAACGCUAUCAUAUAUGGACUAUUAAACCAAAACUUCCGCAAAGAAUACAAGACAAUUCUUCUUGCUCUUUGCAUCCCACGUUUGCUCCUCAUGGAGACCUCCAGGUGUGCCACAGAGGGACUGAAGAGUAAGCCUUCACCAGCUGUAACGAACAAUAACGUAGCAGAGAUAAAUGUAUAAACAAAUGUUUUUAAGGGGAAACUUAGAUUAAGUUUCUCUUGAGCCUCUAUUGUGGAUGUGUGACAUGAUUCACAACGUGCCUUUUUACAAGUUGUGGUUUCCAGUUGUAAAGAUGUAAUCGUGUAAUCUGCUGCUGUCCUAUUCCUUUUAGCCAUGUCAGACACUGUUCCUUCAUGUUGGAAGGAAAACAAUCAGUUGUAUCAUCGGAACAUUGUAUCAUCGGAACAGUUUCCUGGCACUCUACUUAAAGACAGACAAACUGGUUAAAAAGUUAGGGGGGAAAAAUCCAUAUAACUCGUCAGCCUUCACCAAAAAGCAUUUUGACCAUGGAGGGUAGUCAGCAGCAUUGACAAUUACUUACAGUGAGUCACUACGUACUGUAUAGCCUAUUAUCUUGACGGGAUACUUCACUUUCCAAGCCACAUCCCGGGCAUGUGUACAUAUGCACAAAAAUGACUCACUGUCUUUUGGCACAGAUCAAUUAUAAAUAUGUGAACAAUAUAGCGAAAAUAAAAUAAAUGUAUUUUCUAUUCCCA